AUGGCACAAGUGGUGCAAUCUACAGUAGAUAGUGACGAUGAAACGGAAACGGCUCCUCAAGGGGAAGACGUACGUUCAUGCCCGGAAUGUAAAACUGAUGCGUCCUGGGACAUGAAGGAUAAUUUGGUAGGAUUGAGCUUUGUACUUAUGAAUAAAGAUGGAUCAUGCUUAUACGGAGCAAAGGCUAACGUGAUGACACAAACAGUAACACAUGCCGAAUUCAAAGCCAUACUUUGGGCCCUGAGAAAUGCUACAGAGAUCGGAUACACAUCGAUACACCUGCAAACCGAUUGCCAGCAAGUACUCAAGAUGAUCAAAGAGGAGGAAGAAUGGCCAGCUUUUGCUGAUGAGAUCGAAGAUUUUACCCUUCUAAAACAUUGUUUUACAUGUUUUGAUAUUUCCUAUAUCCCACGUACUUUGAAUGUCUGUGCCGACUCCCUUGCCAAGGGAGCACGUUCACACGGGUUUGUUUAG